AUGGGGUGCUUCGGGCGAAAUCGCAAACAAGAGUUUGUGCUCGCCGAGCACAAAUUCGCAUACAUCAACAUGAAUGAUUACACCAGCAAGAGCUUCAUUAAUUAUGUGGCCUAUGGGUGGAUUUAUGUUGGCACGUUGGUUUCGGUGGCUUGCUAUGCUGCGGACAUCUACACGGCCGUUAUCCUCCUCGCGUUCAACCGUUGGACCAACGAUACCCUCGAGAAGAGUGGUAUCAUCGAUUUCGAUGUCGCCAGGAUUGUGUUCUCGGUGUGUAUAUUCUUCUCGAUUGUGCUGCUGGCCAUCGAUUGGUUCCGUGCGAUUCGCGUCAUUAAGAGCGAUGGUGUCGCCGAGGCAUAUAUGGACCUGAUCGCGGUCGGGUUCAAUUGCAUUUGGGGUGGGAAGGGGAAGGAGGAUACGGGCUGGAAACGGUUCCUCGUCUUCUCGAGGUUGACUAAGUCGAGAGGCGUGGUGGACUAUCUCGCACUGUUUACAUACUUCGCGUUCAAGGGCUGGGUGAGGAUCAUCUUCGCUGAGGGCCCGCGGGUCGUUAUCAACGCCUUGACUUUCAUCUCUGUUACCCAGGCGGAUGUGAUUGUCCACAGCGGUCAAUGGGAUGGUUGGGACAAGUUCGGCAAGAACGUCCAGGCGCUUUACGAUGAGAACAAGCUUCAAGUGAUGAUCUUGGGGACCAUGGCAUUCACGAGUCUGUUCUGGGUCAUGGCGGUUCUUCGGCUUCUGCUUGCGGCGAUAAUCUAUGUCGUCUACCUAUGGCACACGAUGACGGGAACUCAGAGUCUGAGCAAAUACUGCAAGGAGCGCAUUGACACGCGGAUGGGCGAGAUUGUCCAGAAGAAGCACGACAAGGCGAUUCAGCGAGAAAAGAAACAGGGCACUGCAUUCAUCGCGCGACAGCCGACAAUACCCGUUCUUGCGCCAACUCGCAAUCCCACCGUCGGGCGCGUAGUGGCAUCGAAUCCGAUGAGCUCCAGUGCGAAUCUGAUACCGCGCUCCAACACAUUGGUCUCGAAUACGCCGCCCCCGAGCUACAUGAGCCGAGAGCCGAAGCUUCCGUUCAUUCAAGAAUCGGGACCCGCACCGCCGGCUCGUGCUCUCACCCGUGGGCCUGGAAAUGCUCCGGUUGGUGUUGUGCAUCAGUCUGCUCCUUCGAGGUCUGGAACCAUGCGGACACACAUUAGUUAUGAGUCGUCCGCCUCUUCGAGGGACUACCAGCAAUCGGUAAUCUCAGAUCACCGGAUGCAGCCACAGCAACCUUACUACGACCCUACAGUUGAUUCUGGAUACCUACCACAGCCAGUGGGGGGACAGAGACGCAUGGAGGAACAGCACAGUGGGUAUGCUGGUGACGGAGAGUACCACCAGCUGCAGCCCCUCCAGCCAGGACAGUCCGGAAGAAGUACGUUCGUGAUGGACAGGCUCGCCCGAAACAACACGGUUGGCGGAGGAUACGACAACGGACAACCGCCGGUUCUUGCUGGCCAAGGUGGACGAGGCAGAUUUCCCAUCCGCCCCCGAGAGCCUGUGGACCAACAGCUCGGUGGUUGGGGCGCACCACCGCCAGGACCCAGGAGGCAGACCGCUGGUCUGCAACAGAUGUACAGAGCACCGCAGCCUGGGCCCAGAAGCCAGACGGCGGGUCCUAUGGAGGGGAGAUACGGACUGCCACCACAAAAUUUAGCGCCUCAGAUGAGGGGAUAUGGCGCGCCACCUCCUCGAAGUCGCACGGCAGGACCAUCGGAAGGAGCAUAUGGCCCUCCUCCUGUAGGCAACACUGUGGUGGACAGAAUGGAUGGUGGAUACGGUGGUGGUGCUCCCCCUCGCAGCCAUACCGCAGCUCCCUCAGCUGGUGCCUAUGAUCCUCCUCUCAGAAGUCAGAGCACAGCACCGGCGGCCGGAGCAUACGGUCCUCCGCCUAGAAGUCAUACCGCAGCACCAACAGCCGGAGCAUACGGCCCUCCUCCUAGAAGCCGCACAGCUGCACCCAGAGAUGACAGCUAUGCUCUUCCUCCAAUAAACACAGCAGUCGGACUCGACGACGGCUUCCACACCCCUCCACCACCACCGAUAAAAGACACCGGCUACACGACACCGCAAAGCGGCGUAUCGAACUCCGAUUACUCACCAUCGCGCACCAUGACCGCCGUUGCAAUCGAGGGCGGCUACGGAACUCCACCACGCGGCCAACGCGAGUACAGCCGUGACAGCGGCCAGUCGUCACUGCGUGAUCGCGAGGAGCAGCUCGCACAACCACUGUACGCGGGAAAACCGACUUUCCGUCCACCCCCACGCGAGCAGUCUAGGAGCCCGCCGGUUCAGGUUCAGGACUAUGGGCUCGAGGAGUUUGGCCCGCCCAGAAGAUCCAGAACUGCGCCGGUCGAGGGUGGUCUCGAGGCUCGCAAUACUACACCACCACCACCGAGAUCAGAAACUAAUAUUGCUGUGAUAAACGCAUGA